AUGAUAUCUGGAAUGAUAUUGAAAGAUUUGGUAAUUUUUCACAAGAUUCAAGUAUUAACAAUAGAAAGGUUAAUGAGACUAAUUCCUAACUUUAAAUCUAUUCAAAUAAAUCAAGAUCAAACAAUUAAGAAUGGUGACAAUAUUGAUGAUAAUGGAGGUGAGAAAUAUAAUGAAGUUGAGAUCGAUGAAUUCAUCUGGCUAAAAGACAGUAAAAGCAAUUGUUCUGAAAAUUCUUCGGGAUCUAAUAAAGGUUCUUAUGGCGUGGGACUAUCAAAUGCAUAUGAGAUCUUAAAUAGUAAAACUGAACCAAAACAGUCUUUAUGGCCAAGUGAAACAUAUAGGGAAUUCAUGACAGCUGUAACACAAUACCAUCUUUCGGAUGCAGCUGCUGACUCUAUGUUGCGUAUAAUUCGAAAAAGUUGUACUGAAACUCUUCCUAGUUCUACACGAAAAGGAAAAAUCUACAAAUUUCAGUAUCGGCCAAUUUUUGAUGCAAUCAAAAGUCUUGUAUCAAAUACUGAUUUAAGUAAAGAUUUUCUUUUUGAUUAUAAUGAACAAUGGGAACCUAACAAAAAUACUGCAAACUGGUGGCGUGAAAGACAAAAUCCAUUUAGCAAGAUUCUGGCCGUUAUGAUAUAUACUGAUGGGACAACACUUGAUUCUUUAGGAAAACAAUCGGAAUAUCCUAUUUUUUUAACUUUAGGCAAUAUUCCGAACUGGCGUCGAAAUUUUCCUGACGCUAAAGUCUUAAUUGAAUUUCUUCAACAUUUAACUACUCGAAAUAAUAAAUUAAGAGAAUCGAAAGAAUUUAGACAAAUGCAACGGAAAUUAGAACAAUGUGCUUUAAAAAUUUUAUUGGAACAACUUCUUCAAAAUGAUAGUAUUUAUUUAGCAAUAAAUGGAACCGUUGAACAUUUUACUCCUUAUUUGUCUACUAUACUUGCAGAUAUGUUGGAAGCACAAAAUAUUUGUUGUACUUACAAGUCAUAUCGUGCAAAAUAUCCUUGCUAUAAAUGUCUUACGCCUGGCGAUAAACUGAAUAAUAUGCAUAUUGAACAGAAUUCAAUAAUUUUACGAACACAUGAAAAUAUGCGUGAGGCUGUAAUUUCUCACAAUGCUGCAGAAUACUCCAUUCAUGACCACGAAAAUUUUUUUUGGAAUUUCAGAAUGACAAAUAUUUAUGAUGCAGUAGCCAUGGAUCGUAUGCAUCUUCAGGAAAUUGGACUAUUUCCAUAUAUGCUUAAUUUUACAAGAGAUAUGAUUAUGCAGCAAUGUGGCAAUAAAAUUCUCACUAAAAUGGAUAAUAGAUUAGCUAAUAUCACACCGUUUAAUGGUUUAAAAAUAUUAUCAAAAGGAUAUCAGCGCAGAAUAAAAUUUACAGGAGCUGAAAUGCGAGAUGUAAUGAAAAUUAUUAUAUUCGUAAUUGAUGAACUCUAUACAGUUGAUGAUAAAAAUGCAGCUUCAAUUUCUUUUAUUCCAUACAUGACGCUUAUUGAUUGUUAUAUUAAAUUUGUUAAGAUGUAUAUAACGUCAAGAAAGGAACAAUUCAGUGAUGAAGAUGAUUUGAGAAUUUUUGAGAAUGAGAUAAUUGACUGGACACGAGCUUUUGUAAAAUUAUUUAAACGAUUUUCUACUAGCAGCCUUCAAUUACCAAAACUUCAUAUGUGGAGAUAUCACACAAUUCAUACUAUUCAAAGUUAUGGUACAAUAAAUGGGCUAACUACCAAAACAUACGAGACAUUACACAAAAACUGGGUAAAAAACCCGUAUAGAAUGACAAAUAAAAAAAAUAUUUUAGAUCAAAUGUUUAAAACGAUUCGCCGGCAAACAAUUAUAUCAAUUCCAAAAAAAAUCUUUAAAUCAAAAUUAGAAAUUAUGAAGUCAUUACUUUGGGAAUUGCCAAUUAGUGAAUUACAAUCUCUUCAGAUAAAACUUGAACAUGAAAAGAUUGUAGAUGACUUGUGCAUUGAAGGAAUGAAUCAUUUAAUUAAUUGCUUAGACCAUUAUUUAGACGAAAAAUCUAAUGUAUCUGAAAGUGAAGAUAUUUAUUUGAAAAUCUAUGCUACUGGGAUUUUAUCAAAUAACGAAAUUAUAUAUGCAACUAGCAAGUUUCAUGGUCAUGCAAGAUUUAGUGAAGUUGCAAUUGCGAUGGAAGAUGCAGAUUACUUGACUGAUGAUGGAAUAUGUUAUGGCAAAGUUUAG